AUGUUAUCGACGGGUGUUUUAUCUCAACAAGGUAUAUUUGAACCUUAUACAUUUACUGAAAAUAGUUGUACAGGUAGUUAUAAAUGGACAACCUGGUUUGAUACAAAUGAUCCGAAUAUGGCACAAGGUGAUGUUGAAAUAACAAAUCAUAUUCAAAAAUUUUUUCCUAAUUUUAUGUGUUUAUUCCCAAUUGCUAUUGAAGCUCAAACUUCAUUUGAUGGAAGUCCAGCAAGUACUGGAGACGUAUUUCGCAUAACUGUCAAAGAUGGAUUUUUAUGUUUAAAUCAACAAGUUAUUAAUUAUAAAAACAAAAUGUGCCAGGAUUACAAAGUUCGUUAUUGUUGUCCAGCUAAUACUGUUUAG